AUGUUGCGACCUUCCUUCGCAAGUUUGGCGCGGUCCCUUCAGACUUCGCUGGCCCUGAGCUCUUCAGCUGCCAGCAAAGGCGUGACCGCGUCCGCUGCGCCGGUCCGAAUGAACUCUACCCUCUCGCCCCUCAGGCACGCGUUCCAGCAACAGAAAGCCCAAGCGUCCCAGUCACUCUUGCGACUGCAAUCAGGCGCGAGAAUUUCUUCACCGAAUAGCAUCGGCCAGCAGGUCCGCGGUGUUCGGACCUCACCUUUCAGACCUCAGGGUGGCGCAGGCGACAAGAUCAAAGCGUUUUCGCUGCCUCAUCAAGCUCCUAGCGGUCCGCGAUCCAUGGGUGAGCCAGGAGCAUGGGCUAGACUUCUGAGCUCUGGUGGUCUCAUCGUGGGUGGUGCAGUAGCAGGUAAGUCUGACGACUCCUUGAUCGUGGUUGCCCUGAUGACGCUGACAGAGCAGCGCCUUUUGCCACCCAUCACAGUGCACUGGCUAAUGAACCGAGAGACGCGCGACGCGCCCUUCAGCGAGUUCGUUUCCAAUUACGUCCACUCCACCUUCGGCUGGCUAGCUACAGGUCUCGCAAUGACGGGUGGCGGUGCUUUCCUUCUGCAUCGUAUGGGAGCCAGUCGAUCUCUUAUGGCCGCCAAUCCUUGGCUGGUCAUGGGAGCUGGACUGGUUUGCUCCAUCGGCGGCAUGAUCGGGGCUCAGACUUUGCCACCUGGUAGCCCUGGAAAGAUGGCCAGCUACGUGCUUUUCAACGCUGCGCAAGCUGCCGUGCUCUCUCCGCUCUUCUUCUUUGCGCCUGCAGUGCUUUCUCGCGCUGGUGAGUCGACGACUUCGUGUCAGCGGAGCACGUCCAGGCCACUGACCUAUCCAUGUCGACACUUCGCAGCUCUUUAUACCGCUGGUAUUGUCGGAUCGUGCUGCUGGGUCGGCAUGACCGCAAAGGAUGGACAGUACCUGUGGCUCGGAACACCAUUGCUCAUUGGUGUGUCCAUCGUGGCGCUCUCCUCAAUCGCGCCUCUCGUUCUGCCAGCGACGGCUUUCCGAGCUCUCGCAGUGACCGAAGCUUUGUCGAUCUACGGAGGACUUGGUGUCUUCUCCCUCUUCCUCAUUUACGACUCUCAGUCGAUUGUCAGGAAAGCUCAGAUGGCUCAAGCAGGAAUGAUCCCUGCCGACCCUCUCCGAGACAGCAUCGGCUUGGAGUUGGACGCUAUCAACAUCUUCGUCAGGCUCGUCACUAUUCUCGGCGGCCAGCAGCGAAAGCGAUGA